AUGUGGCGCUUGACGGUUCUCGCGGUUCUGGCUGUGGCGGCCGCGGCGGCGGAGAACGCCUUCCUGGCGCAGGAGUCGCUGCUGUACGCUCUGGCCGCAGCCGCGCCGCCGGGCGCCUCCAACUCCUCCUGCAGCGGACAGCUCUCACAGCUGCGGGUCGCCGCCGACCGCAGACACGUCUGGGCGCUCAAGAUGCUGGACGCAAGUGGCACUCCUGGAGCAGCUUUUCUGUGGGGCAACAACUACUGGCUUGGGUCCAGAUCUCAAUGUGAAACCAUUCCACUUCGUGAACCACUGGUGCUUUCCAGAGAUCUACCGAAGCCACCUCUCGCGUGGCCACCUUACCCAAUACACUUCUCAGUCGCCUCGUUUAGGCACAAUGCAACACUUCAAGUCCAUGUCGGUUUGCCCAAUGAGGAUUUGAUAGUAGUUGGACUGUGCCUGCCUGCCUCAUGUCCUGCAAAGGAGGUAGCUGAACUGCUGGAUGCAGCAUUCCUUUCAAAUCCUAUAUACAUCCAGAAGAUGUACAACAUGAGCUUCAGUCGAGUCCAGGUGGAAUCACUAAAGGAAGAUGACUCAUGGGUGUCAGAACAAACAUUUGUUACUGUUGAGGUACUGUUGACAUUUGUAGCGGUAAUCGUGAUUCUGGGUACAGCAUAUGAUGUCAUUAUUUGGCAGCCUCAUCUGAGAGAAAUAACAGCACAUGGCACAUCCCAGAAAACAAAAGUCCACAGUGUUAAAGAGAACAUGGAGGUAGCCAUCACCAACCCUAAAAUACGUGAAAACAAUAAUGAUAAUAGUUACAGCAACAACUACAGUGAGAAAACUGAUUGUUACACAAGAAAAUCAACAUCUUCCACAAGAGAGAAAAUUGUGCAGGGGCUUGGGCCGCUGAAUAGCAUCUUAGUAUGUUUCUCCAUAUAUUCCAAUGUACCCAUAAUACUCGACACCCAACUUGGUAGUGACUCUGUCCCAGCAAUACAUGGCCUGCGAUUCAUGGGUAUGGGUUGGAUCAUCAUGGUGCACACUGUUUUCUAUCUCAGUGAUUAUGCCGAUAAUAAACCACAAGCUUUUUACUUGUCAGAAGGUUUCAUGGUGCAGGUGGUCAGUAAUUCUACUCUUUCAGUAGACACAUUUUUCUUCCUCAGUGGGUUCCUGGUUUCAUAUCUGUAUUAUCAAGGGAAACAAGGAAAGAAACCCUCACAAGAGACAUGUGGAAGCAAAAUUGUGGAGUUUAUCACCAUGGUUCUACGAAGAAUUAUUAGGUUGACACCAGCAUAUAUGGCAGUGAUUGGAAUUGCCAUACUUAAUAUGAAAUGGCACAGCCAGAAAACUUUGUUCCAUAUGACAGAGAGAGCAGAUGUUAUUUGUCCGAAGUACUGGUGGCGGAAUUUGCUUUACAUCAAUAAUCUGUUUGACAGGGAAGAAAUGUGUUUGUCCUGGAGUUGGUACUUAUCCAAUGAUAUGCAAUUUUUUAUAAUUGCAAGUUUCCUUCUCAUUCUCUCUAGCAGCUACUUCUUGCUGAGUGCUAUUAUUCUGGGAUCACUAAUUGUUGCUUCAUCAGCAGUAACUUUCUACUCAUCAUAUAUCAACAGUUAUAUUCCUGUGUUAGAUCAACAAUUUGCAAUGCUUAGUACCUUGUACGAUCCACCUUGGACGCGCAUUGGACCACAUCUAGUUGGAGUAGCUACUGGCUACAUUGUUAUUUAUUUGAAAGGGAAGCUCAUACUGAAGAAGAGAACACUGCUAAUGGCAUGGCUUCUAGGAUCCACUUUCAAUGUGAUCACAUUAUUUGGUCUCUACAAUCGUAAUAUCCCGGUUAUUGCAGCAGCACUUUAUGUGGCUCUAAGUAGAACUGCAUGGGCACUGGGAAUCUCAUGGAUCAUAAUAGCAUGCUGCACAAACAAUGCUGGCAUCAUCAACUCUAUAUUAUCGUUUAGAGGAUGGAUACCACUCAGCCGUUUAACGUACUGUGUUUACCUCCUGAACCCACUGCUUAUGAAUUCCAUGUACCUAGACAGCGAAACUGCCAUGCAUGUCGAGUUUUUACCUCUGGCUGCUUACUUCUUUGGCCAUGUAGGUGUGUCUUUCUUUUGUGCAUUUGUUUUAUCCCUGACUUUUGAGACUCCAAACGUCCUGUUAAUGAGGUGGCUCUUGGGAUGCAGAAGUAAGAACCAGAAAGCAAAUGCAAGAGCUAAGGACUGUAAAGCUACCUCAGUGUAGUAUCGACUGAUUAAUGUGUAGUUCCUGCUAGUCAAGUUGUGAUUUAAUUUAGUAUUGCUUAGAUAUUAAAGCUGUUUUAAAAUCACUUCCCAUUUUUUAUAACUAGUGAAAUUGUAAACCAUGUGCAU